UCACCUGUGUUUGUCACUCAUUCAAAAAGGUGCUCAGGUGUUUUUGUUCUACUCGGACUGUCUAAUCAACGUACGGAUGGAAAACGUGACUUACUCAUGUUUAAACUGAUAACAGGGUGAAGCACAAGUCUUAUCACCCUGACCUCAGCCGCAAACGAUGUCCACGCACACCCGACACACAUACACACCUGAUAAAGAAAUGUGCAUCUGCAGGACGAGGGGAGGCAAAGUGGAGAAACCUGCCAACGGUGGAUGUCCUUGGCGACAAACGUUGUGAAUUCUCCCGAAAAGCGAACUGUCCGCCCACAACAUGGCCGACAAAGCAAAGAAAAUCGCCAUCAUCGGCAGCGGCAACAUCGGUCGUAGCUGGGCGCUGUUGUUCUCUUGCGCCGAGCACCUCGUCUGUCUCUGCGACAACGACCCCGAGCAGCUGGCAGGUGUCGUAGACGACCUCCGAGGUCAGCUCAGUCUGCUAAAGUCACGUGGGUUGUCACGUGGCCACCUCGAGCCUGAGCAGCAGCUGAAGCUCAUCACUCUAUCGCCCGACUUGGCGCAGUGUGUCCAAGGUGCCGACCUCAUCAUGGAAUGUGUCCCCGAGGUUCUGGAAGUAAAGAGACAAGUCCUCAAGGCUGUCGAUGACGUCAUGUCACGUGACGCCAUCUUCAGCAGCUCCACCAGCUCUCUGCUGCCCUCUGAACUGUCGGAAGACCUCAGACAUCGAGAUCGCUUUCUUGUAAUACAUCCGACCAACCCUCCUUUCCUCGCACGAGCAGUGGAACUGGUUCCGGCUCCUUGGACUUCCGGUGACGUCAUGAAGAGAUCCCGUGAGUUGAUGAAGCAAGUCGGCCAGGCACCGAUCACACUAAAGAAAGAAAUUCCUGGAUUCGUUCUCAACAGAAUACAGUAUGCUGUACUGGGGGAGAGCUGGCGCCUCUUGAGAGACGGCGUGCUCGACGUGGAGGGAAUCAACAACGCUGUGUGGUCCGGGCUGGGCCCUCGCUACGCUUUCCUCGGCCCCUUUGAAGUGGGCCACCUGAACGCUGCAGGGAUCGAGAAUUACCUCCAGAGGUACGGCGACUUCAUCUACCGCAUGCAGGCCUCUAUGGGCGAGGCCGGUCUGAUGGGUGGACAGCUGGCAGAGGACGUCCAGAAGGUUCUGGAGGCCGACACGCCGCUGGACCACAUCCCUUGCCGACGACGAUGGAAGGACGUGCGGCUGGCCGCCCUCGCCAAGCUGAAGCAAGACCUGGACACAGAGGAACGAGAGAGGAACGAAGAGGGCAAAUCGGUUCCUCUGCCUUCUGACCAUUAAACAUGGAAGGCAACAACAAAUAGUUGGCAGUUAUCUCCCUUCCCCUUUCUCUUUAUUGCAGUCCUUCAUUUGUUUUUCUCCUUUUCCUUUCUUCCCUCUCCGUUCUCUUUCCCUUAAUCUUUUUUUUUCCUAACGGUCUUAAUGUUUAACAUUUUUUCAAAAUUCUAUCGGUGUGUUCACCGCGUUAUUGUCAGUUAAUGAAGUUAAUGUUUCAGUUUGUUAAGGGAGUAGACACAGUCACACACAGGAGAGAUGGCAAGAACAAGAAGCAAACGUUGCUUGACACAAAUAUAUAUUUGCAAACAAAAUCAAAGGCAUAGAAACAGUAUUUCAAGUAAUGUUAUUACUACUGUUAUAUCUCUUCCUCUAGUCUCUAUUCUCUAUCUUCUUAUGUUUCAUCGUUCUCAUCUAACGGCAUACGUUUUUAAAUUUCGUUUUAACCUGUAAUAAACUACCAGCGACGCAGAAGAAAAAAAUUAAGCGUUUACUAAAGUUAUUGUCCAGUUUAUGAAGUCUGUGUUUACAAUUGUCAAGGCCUUUUACAGUGUUGCACAAAGGAAAGUUUUAAUACAUAAUAAGCAACGAGCUUGACACAAGAAUAUUUGUAAACAAAGGGACAAGAAACAUUGUUUGCGAAUAUUGUUACUCGAUUGUUGUUUGGUUUUUGGUCGCUGGUGUGAUUAGUGACCAGUGAGUGUAUGGCGAAGGUGUGUUUGUAUAAAAGUGUCUUUAACAUCAGGGUGGAGUGAGUGGGUGUAGUAUGACAUUCAUGUCAAUAAGUAAUGUACAUACAGAAAGCCACACGAGAUGCGACCCUGGUUACUGUCAGUCCAGACUAUCAGACUAUCAGUCCACAUGUUUCCUCGUUUUAAAGAAGACAGUUUAAAAAAAAGACUUUUAAGAAAUAGGCCAGUAUGAAAUGUUGUAAUAACUAUCUGAUUAUAAACAAUUAAAACAAAGCAAAACACUUUCAUGUCCAUCUGUUGCGAGGCCCAGUCCAACCAAAUUUUCCUUCGUUUCUGCAAAUGUUUUGGCUCCGUGGUGUUCUAGCAAGAGUUGUGCUGGAUUGCAUUUUAAUAAUAAUAUAGUGUGUUGAAAUGAUUGUGAGAUUUUUAAGAAGUAUACUCUUCUAUCCAGAUUUUUCUUUUAUUCUGCUAUAUUGUGUUCGUCGUUUAACCAAAUUUUAACAACAACUGCGACUGAAUGUCUCUGGUGGACCUGACGGCGGAGGCUCAGAAGACUCGCUAUGGGUGAAUUUUUAUCAAAGACUUUUAUCGAGAAAAGGAGGGAUUUACUGUUAUGUGUUUGAAUGUGCAGUUAAUUUUUCUAAUAUUAUAUUCAAUUCUUCAAUU